GAGAGAGAGAGAGAAUGGGGAGAGAGAGCUCAUCUCCAUACAGUCACAGUGAACUGCGGGGGCCGACGGAGCGGUCCUCGAGAGCGGAAAGAGCUGCCGAAGUAGCGUUUGAAUCCAACUCAUAUCGACUUUCGACAACCGCCUUUUCGUUUGUUUUCGCCCUAUAUCCUUCGGAAUUGGACGCGGGGAACUUUUGGUGGGGUCAUUUUGGAGUUUUAAAAGGCAGCCCCACAUCGAUACGACAUGGACAGUCCGAGCGCCGCUUCGGGGAGCCACUGACCGGCGUUCAUUCACUCAUUGCCGGAAUACAAGAGUGAACCCACGACGAAUUUUCGCCUCCCCCCCUGCCUCGCUAAAUGUUUGAUGAAGUGCUUCAAAGUUUUGGCCAAUUCUCGGACGCGGUGGAUUUAUCUGGUUCAGGCGCGACAAGACGCUCGUGGUCCCGUGUCGAAGACGAGAGGGGCUUUCGCUGGUAAAGUUGCGGGGAAAACAUGGAGACUGUAAGUCGGCAGAGCUUCCAGCCUCAUCCGGGACUGCAACAAACUCUCAAGCAGUUUCACCUCAGCUCUAUGAGCUCUCUCGGGGGGCCGGCCGCCUUCUCUGCCCGUUGGCAACAUGAGCUUCUCUUCAAGAAGGACGGGAAGGAGCCCGAGGCUGUCCUGCAGCAUCUACCGCCGCCAGUGAUGCCGGGGCCGCUCUUUAUCCCAUCGGACCGUUCCACGGAGAGGUGCGAGACGGUCCUGGAGGGCGAGACCAUCUCAUGCUUCGUGGUCGGAGGGGAGAAGCGGCUGUGUCUCCCCCAGAUCCUCAACACGGUGCUGCGGGACUUCAGCCUGCAGCAGAUCAAUUCGGUGUGCGACGAGCUGCACAUCUACUGCUCCCGGUGCACUGCCGACCAGCUGGAAAUCCUCAAAGUCAUGGGGAUCCUGCCCUUUUCGGCGCCCUCCUGCGGCCUCAUCACCAAGACGGACGCCGAGCGGCUGUGCAACGCGCUCAUCUACGGGGGCGCUUACCCUCCUCGCUGCAAGAAGGAGGCGGGCGGCGGAGGAGCGCUGGAACUGGAGCUCACCGAGAGGAGCUUCAAAAUCUACCACGAGUGCUUCGGCAAGUGCAAGGGCUUGUUUGUUCCCGAGUUGUACACCAGCCCCAACGCGGCGUGCAUCCAGUGCCUGGACUGCAGACUCAUGUACCCCACGCACAAGUUCGUUGUGCACAGCCACAAGGCGCAGGAGAACAGGACUUGCCACUGGGGCUUCGACUCGGCCAACUGGAGGGCCUACGUCCUCCUUGGCCAGGAUUACGCGGGCAAGGAGGAGAAGAGCCGCCUGGAGCAGCUCCUGGACGAAAUCAAGGAGAAGUUUGAUUUCGCCAACAAGUACAAGAGGAAAGCCUCUUCCAGGGUGUCGGAUCCCAUUCCAAUCAAAAAGCCCAAACACGAAGACAUCCUAAUCCAAUCCCCUGCCGCCGACAAGGAGAAGCAACAUGACUGGCUCCAGUCCUUUUCCAACCCCAAUAAGGGCUUCAACUGCAUUCAGCCGAGACAGAGGCCAUCGGCUUUUCGACCCUGGUCGCCACACAUCUAUGUUGGUGAUAAGGAACCCUCCAGUCACCCUCUCGCUCUGCUAAGAGACAACUUCUACAACUACAAAAGCCUGGAGAAUGCCGUGGCCCCUAACGUUGCUCUCACACCGUUACCCCUGGGAAAGGUGGGUCCAAUGUCCCCGUCGGUCCCCAGCACGUCGCACCCAAGCGCGGGGGAACCUCCAGGUGAGGGCGCCAAUGCUAGCUCUCGACCUAGCAAGCGAAGAGUCACGGGGGAACUCCAGCUUCCGGCACCUGAGGGGGCAUGCUCCCUUACCUCCACUGCCAGCAAGCCACCGCAGGAUGACAAAGACUCAGAGGUGGAGAUUGAAGUGGAAAGUCGUGAUGAGUUCACGUCGUCUUUGUCCUCCCUGUCGUCACCAUCUUUCACUUCGUCCGGCUCAGCCAAGGACCUGAGUUCGCCCGGCGCCCUCGGGCCCAUCUGCACCCUCACGGCAGUUGAGGGCACUACCCCCGCAGCUGCUCCCAUCUCGGCACCCGUCACUCCUCCCGAAUUGGGGCUGGAGUCAGAGCUGGAGAGCCUGCGGCAGGCGCUGGACAACGGGCUUGACUCCAAAGAAUCAAAGGAGAAGUUCCUGCAUGAGAUAGUUAAGAUGAGGGUGAAGCAGGAGGAGAAGCUGGGAUCCGCCCUACAGGCCAAACGCAGUCUGCAACAGGAGCUGGAGUUCUUGCGGGUUGCAAAGAAAGAGAAGCUGCGCGAGGCGACUGAAGCCAAGCGAAAUUUGAGAAAGGAAAUAGAGCGCCUGAGAGCCGAGAGUGAGAAGAAGAUGAAGGAAGCCAACGAGUCGCGGAUUCGUCUGAAGCGGGAGCUGGAGCAGGCCCGCCAGCUGAGGGUCUGCGAUAAAGGCUGCGAGGCCGGACGUCUGCGGGCAAAGUAUUCGGCACAGAUCGAAGACCUCCAGAUGAAGCUGCAGCACGCCGAGGCUGACCGUGAGCAGCUCCGAGCCGAUUUACUGCAAGAGCGGGAGGCCAGGGAGCACUUGGAGAGGGUGGUGAAGGAGCUGCAGCAGCAACUUUGGCCCAAAUCGAACAGCGACAAAGACUUGACAGCCAAGGACAAGGACAUUCCGUCCAAAAAGUAAUCCAGUAGCCAAGUCCCUCAUGCCCCCUAUAUCCCCGCCUCCGGUGCAGAGAUUCCCGACAUUUCCCACCAAGCCAAGGCCUCUAAUACACACGCAGUGUUGGUCAUGCUUACGGUGAAUAAAACCAACCUGCGGCAUUUUGGGUCCUCGUCCAUGUCCAAGAAAAAAGAAAGCUGCGCCAUUCGAACUCUGACUCUCAGCUUCAUACUUUCAGAACUGAUAAGUAGAUCGCAAGAGGGUCGCAGGUUGGGGCAGUCUGUGAUGUGAAAUGCUGAAAGAUGAUCGUAUUCUAUUAGUCAAAGAAGAAAAGCCGCCACGUUUGACCCUUGACGCGAUGAGGGCGAAGAAUUUUCAGCACAUGAUAAGCUACGUAGACUAUGUCAAGAAAACAUACUUUGUACAUGCAAAUAAAUCCGAAGAUGAACAACACAAACAGUUGAACUAUCCACAUGUGCCGCCAUGUUUUUAAUUCUUGUUUUUAGGGAUGCCAUCCCAGCCGACAAGGAGGAAAUAAUCAAGUAAUAUGUUAUUUCAAAUGUCUUCACACAACGAGCACAACCGCUUGCGAAUUGAUGUCAUCGAAUCUUGGAUUUUUUUGGGGGGGGGCAGGAGAGGCGAAGAGAAACCGCUGUGGUGAAGACAACCUCCAGAAGCGAGCACUUGAUUUGGAAUCAUCAAACUAUCGGUCUUUGUCCCAGUGUUGCCCACACUAAGUCCAAUGAACACGGGUCACCAGCCAUAUUUGCGUUUAACCAUUUGGGUCAAAACCCAGUCGUCGAAUCUUCUAAAGAUACAAUAUUCCACAUGUGAGUGUGGCCUUGUUUUCUCAUCUCUUGACAGGUGAGUGAGAAAGCAUUUAUAUUCCCUUUAUGAAUCACUUUGCCAAGGGACACGCUUGGCAAGAACCACAAAUAUUCAUAUUCAUUAAAUUAAAGGUAUGUAAAUAUAUAUUUUGGGGGACUUAACAAUAAUGAAUGGCACUUUGUCCUAACAACCAACCGUUUUUAUGCAUUGUACUCCCAACCUCUGUCUUCAACCUUAUUUUGAAAACACAUGAACGCUACCAUAUAGAUGCAGUUAAUAUUUUUGUUGCUUAUAUUCAUCCUCUAUUAAAUAUCUUUCUGUUCACCUUAGGCAGAGUAUUGCAAAUAAACCGAAAGAAAAACAAGGCUCAAACUGUUACUGCCUGAUGAAGUCUCGAUGGAACUGUUGGAAUCAAUCGAGUUGGCCAAAACAUACGAACCUUUGACAAAUCACGAGGGGAACUUGAGUAAAUGGCUGCAGCUACACGGUGGUGGUGGAUGAAGGUGUUUGAAAAUGAUGUCAUAGUUUGAGACCUUGAAAAAAAUCUCAAUUUCCACCUUUGAGUGCAAAAAUCUAUUUUGUUAGAAUUCAUGCCAGCCCAUCACCAUGGCAACAAUUUUUUUGUGGUUGUUUUCCCCAUUGAUUUAUCACCAGUGUCUAUGUUAGUCGCGGGAUUUCUAAAAAAAAAAAAAAAGACGAUAAAAAACAAACCUGCACAAACAAUCACAUUUGGAUUUUUCUUAAACAAAAUAAAUAAAUCAACAAAAAAAAAGAAGACAGUGGCUGGAAGAUGCCGUAGCAGUGGGUACAAUGCAAUGCGAAUGUACAUUAUGUUAAUGCUAUUUUUCCUUUUGAUUGUUAAUGUUUUAAAUGAGAAAUGUUAUUGCUUGUCUGAAAUGUUCACCUAUUUGAAAAAAAAAAAGAAAACUCAUAUUUUUGUUUAUGCAUGAAACUGAAAACUUUUGCCAUUCAUAUCGUCAAAUAUUGGGCAUUUACAGUAUACUAUUCAUGUAAGGGGGUUUAUUGUGUAUGCAAUUUGUCUUUUCGAGGAGGGGGAAACAGGAACUAAAAGCAGCACGCUGUACACAUGCAUUGAAAACAAACAAACAAACAAAAAAAAACAAUGAUUCCAAAAUGAUGUAUCAAAUGCAAUGCUGGACAACCUCAAGUGCCUGACACUGGCGAAAGGUUUCCAGAAGAGGAAAGCUGAAGAAGCAGCUUAACAGGGAGACAACGACUUCAUAAAAAAAUCGCUUCCUUUCUCAGCAGCUCUUUUUUUAUUUUCUUUUCUUUUUUUUAAUCAGCCAUCCAAGAACAACCAGUUUACAUGUUUCUUUGUCAAUGCAGAGAACAGUUUAACAAUCACUAUUAAUAACACGUAAAGCUUUUUUUCCCCCUAGAGUGCGUGUUUUUUUUUUUUAAUUCUUCAUUUGGAAUCGAUGUGCAUGAGCGAACACUUUUGUAGGUGAUCUUUUGAGAAAAAAAAUAGUGAUGAUAAUAAUAAGCCACUUGCUUUGGUAAGUUGUUGCUGAGGGUUGUACAUAAAGAGUUUUAUGUGUUUCAUCUGAGUUUGUGGACAUGCUGUGCUCAGGCAUUGCAUGGAAAGGAUAAUAAAGAGGACGUUGGGUUUUUUUUUGUUGUUGUUGUUUUGUUAUUACUGUAAAAGGCCAGCUCCAUCAGACACUCCCUCUCAGAGAAAGACUCUGCGUCUGCCAUUUUGGCGCGCCUACAAAUUGUUCAAUUUUAUAAUCGCUUUUACUCUCUAAAAAGGUUGAUAUCAUGUGUGUGGUUUUGUUGAUGCAUGGUUUUCUACAAGGGAGGCAAGAAUGACAUUGGCCUCUCAUUCUCCCGUGCAAAGGCAGAGAAUGCUCUUGUUUUCACAAAGAUUUUUGCCAGGAGAGCAAUAACGAUCCGUAUUCACAAAUAAUUGCCAGUGUAACCAUUUGAAGAUGAAUUUGCAAAAUGUAAAUAUUUUUUUCAUUAACAAUAUUGUAUAAUAUAUGUACAUGGUGUUUCCUUUUUUUCAAAAUGAAGUCUUUUCUUACAAUAGAUGUCUUGUUUAAUUGUUUUAUAAUUUGUGUUUGGAAAUGUUUCAAAAACAGUUCAUGCAGUGCGUAAGAUACGAUUCCCCAAUUUAAGGCAAUUCUUUGCUUAUUUUUUUUUACUAUAGUCUUUGUAUUGCAUUUUUUUUCAACAAUUCAUUUUACUGUAUGUUUGGUAACAGCAGAACUCUCUCUCUCUCUAUCUCUCACACACACACACACUCACACUCACACGCGCACACAUGGUCAUUUUAAAGAUUGUUCCCCCAGCAUCCUUUUGUAUCUGUUUAGCCCUUUGCUGCUAACGCUAUAUCCAACAUAUUUUUUUAUGUAAGACGCGAAUGGAAGCUUUCCCAUUUAUCCAUGCCACAUAUGCAGUACGAAAAGUUCGGCCCACUCAUGUGAUCCCCUCGUUUUUGCUCAUCUUUUCCCAACAGCACCCCUCUCGCACGACACCGACAAUAUUGUAAAGUAAAGGACUUUAUGAGAUUAUGUUUGAAAAUAGCUAUGCUUAUAUACUGCAAUGACUGAAUGUACAGUGUAUAGAUGCAUUACCAGAAAUAAACUUGUUUGUCCAGAUUGAA